ACAGCAAAAUAUCAGAGUUCCUCGGCUCCGCCUCACGAGGUUGCCUUUCCCUACCAUCACAUGGAAAGUGUUGCCUACUUAGUGUUAUGUUUAGCGUCCACGUUUGGAAGAAGCACGCUAUUUUAGCUUGAGAACAAGUUGUACGCCGCUGAAGUUGACCCAAGCUGUUGACGUUGGAGGCUGGAAUGCCAGUCGGGGCCACAGUGCCUCUGUUCACGCUCGUGUUUGCAUAGCUAGGAGCUAGUUAGUUAGCCAGCCAUCAUCGGUUGCGGUUUGCUGGCAGUUUCUGGAGGAAUCUCAGUUCGAGGGAUCAGCAUGGAUGUGCUGUGGAUGAUGCCGCUGCUGCUGGUCCCGCUUCUGUUGUGGACCAGCAGCACAUUUGUAUUUUAUUUCAAAAAGUGUUUCUACGUGGCCUGGAUGAUGUGUUUGGGGCUGAUUGGGAUUCCACUCAGCAUUCUCAAAAGCGGCGGGAGAGACAUUGAGAAUAUGAGGGUGAUCCGCUUCCUGGUUCGUCACGUGAAGUACUUCCUGGGUCUGAGGUUUGAAGUGAGCGGCUUGGAGCACCUGCAGACAGCGGGGCCCUAUGUCAUUAUCUCCAACCACCAGAGCUCCUUGGAUGUGCUGGGCCUGAUGGAGAUCCUCCCUGACCGCUGCACCAUGGUGGCCAAGAAGGAACUGGUCUAUGCAGGCACCGUGGGGAUCAUCUGCUGGCUGGGCGGCAUCGUCUUCAUCAACCGGCAGAAAACCCACGACGCCAAGACCGUCAUGGUGGGCGCGGCCAAGACCAUGCUCGAUGACCAGAUCCGCUUGUGGGUGUUCCCUGAAGGCACAAGAAACCAGAGAGGAGACCUCCUGCCAUUCAAGAAGGGAGCUUUCCAUCUGGCCAUACAGGCACAGGUUCCUAUAAUCCCAAUAGUCUUCUCGUCAUACAGCAACUUCUACCUACGGAAAGAGAAGCAGUUCAAAUCAGGCACCAUCACCCUGAAGAUCCUCCCGAAGAUCGAGACCAAGGGGAUGACGUCAGACGACGUGUCGCCCCUCUGCGACAAGUCCUACGACCUGAUGCGCUCCGCCUUCCUGGACAUUUCCGCCCCCGUAACCCAGAGGAACGGGCCCACACGCCACUGAACAUUUAAACAUUGAAACCUGCCCCGUUCCCUCGCUUCAUCUCUGACCUUCCUCCAGACAAACACCCUGGCCACGCCCCCCCCCCCCCCCCCAAUACACCCUCUGCAUUGCCAUGGUUACCUGCCAAGGUACCCCAUAAGUACAACAGGUCUCUGUCAUAAACUUGCUUGUUUCCGUUUCUGGCCCCAAGUUCUGGUCCACGCCUCUGCCGACCCGCAGACCUGGUCCCAGUCCUUGCACCUGAGCCCCCCCACCAUAUCUGAACAUCCGCAGACGCUCCCCUGCGAUGACAUGGCGGCAGGGUGAAGAUAGGCUGGUCACAGAACCGUUCCGGAAGUGUGUUCAUCCCGCAUGCCUUUCAGAUAGCUCAGCCCGCCAUGGUCCACUAGCUGUUUUAUCUCUGCCUAUCAUCAGUCUCAUCUCAGUCAUCGUCUCCGGGUUGAGUUUUUUUUUGCUGUGGCAUGUUCAUGUUUAAUCAAUACUUAUUUUUUCUUGAGGGGGGGGGGGGUCUUAUAUGUUGGUGGACAUUUCUAUGUUCCUCUCAUUCUGCCUUAACUGAUCUAGUAACUGAUCUAGUAACUGGUCCCAUUAAACACCAACCACUCUGCCUGCUGUAAACAAACGCACACUCACUACACCCCCUCCCCCGCUGUUCCCCAUCAAGUGUAUCUCCCCCUUUCUGCAUUCCAGUCUUAUGCUUCCUCAGAAGAGGAGGACCAGGUUAUCCUAAGGGCAGGGGGUCAGGGGUCAGAGGCGAGACACUGGAGUUGACCCAGGACUCGGUGGCAUAAACUUUUUAAGAUCCAUAAUUGGCUCCACAGCCACCCGACCAAUGCGCUGAUCAAAGAUUGCUCCGCGGUACCCCGGGACCACACCGACGGGAAGGAUCAAUAGAAUAGCAGACGCACCUUAUCAACGCCAGCGUCACGGCUGCGGCCCGACACGCCUGUACCGACUUCAUCGACCGAAAAGUGGGACCUCAUCGAUUUCAAUGUUGUGCAUUGCUGGUGUUCCGCCCCUUUCUUCCCUCUUUGUUUUCAGACUUUAAUCUGCAUGUGUAACGGGUGUCUUUUCGCUGUGCUUCUUCGUUUUCUUUGUUCCGACGCUCUUUAUUUAUUUUGUACUUCUCUGGUUUCUCGGUGUUUCUUCUUCCUUCCGGAGGGUCUUUCUCCCUACGUGAAGGUUUGUCUGAUGUCAAAGGUGGGAAAAAAAAGUGCAAUGUCCAACCAAACUGUUAAAGCAUUACAGUUCCAAAGUGCGAGCUUCCUGUUGUGCCAUGUGUGAGUGUUCCGAUGACGGAAGUGUUAGACCGUAAUAGUAAUAGAUUAUAUAGGACUAUCUUGGAUAAAUUAGCCAUCAGUGGGUUUUACGGUCGAGGUAAAUGUUUCCAUAGAGACCAUUGCCAGUGAAUGAGUUGCAUUGGAGGUUAAGAUCUCGAAUCUUGUCUCAUUUCAUUCUGGUUAUUUUGACGUGUAUCCUGACCUGAACACUAAUUCACUAACUACUAACAAACCUACAUGUUCCUAAACCCCGAUAAGAAACUCUCCAGUGUGUGAAUUAGAUCUCACAGGAAAAGCCUGAACAAGAAGGGAAUGUUUUCCAUAAUGUAAGUAAUUAUUAUUUAGUUACCUUCAAAAUCAGUUUGAUCAUUAUCAACUCAAACCUCUAAAUGACUUAAGAGUUGUUGGAGAAGCCUUAUUCAAGGUUUGUUUAUGUCAGUGACAAUGGCUAAAUACAUUAAUUGACCAUAUUGUGACAAAACAACUGGAUUUUGGUGGGUAGGUUUUUGGCCUUAUAUUACAGAAGGCUAUUAUUUCAGUUUGAAUUGUGAAGUAAAGUAAUAUAGCGAGUUUUAUAUUUUGUCAUUUAUAAAGACAAAUAAUAUGAGGAAGACUAAACUGAUUUGUUUACGGUAUUACAGCUUUUCCUUUUUGAAUUUGCCUCUGGUUCUUGACAGUUGUUUUGUUAAAAGUUUGCAAGAUGCAGUAGCUUGCAACUUUCUUCCCAUUUAACACCAUUCUGAAAAGUGUAUUUAAUUAUAUACAAGCUCUGUGUUAUAAUACUUGCAUUACCAUUUUAUGAUUUUCAAGUAAACAUUAUUAAAAUGAGAUGUUGUUUUGCUUGCUAUAUAAAUGUAAGUGUAUUUGGACACUACCAAACCUAUUUAUUUUACAAAAAUUCUACAAAUUGUACAUAGUAUUUGCUGCAACAUUCUGCUUCCCUGAACUCCUUGAAGAACUAGUACACGGCAGGAAUGAAAACAUGAAUUGUGUGUCUGAUCCUGAGCCAGUGAGUCCAGCUCUGUAGUCAAGUGGCUGCCACAGUAUUAUUUGGUUCUCAUCAUCAGGCAGCAGAUCUCUAGCAUACCUGCAGGGCCAGAGUUUCCUCUGUGUCUAUGUUGUUGUCAAAGGUUAGUCACGCUGCAUAUGCUUACCAUGACCCCUACGGUAAUCCCAGCUCACCAAAAUCAGUGACACCUCUAAUCUCCUAGGUGGAUUUUUUUUUUUUUUUGCAAACUGUUUUUUUUUCUGCUUGUCUUUCAAAUGCAGGUUUGAAUGUCUUAUACACCCACUACCAAAUUGGUUUCAGCCAAAAUGUAUGACUGUCAUUGAUUUAGAGAUGGCGAAUUAUGUUGUUUUAUGAUUUUGAUGCUCUUUUUCUUUUGUAGCUCAAGAUUCCUGUAUGUCAGUGCAUUUCAUGGAUUUGAAAUGACUUAGGUGAACAGGCUUGUCCAAACCUAAGCCAUGCAAUGUUGAAUUGGCAGUUGUUGAAAUGAAUUAUAUAUAAAAUAUUGGAAAAGAUUUAAAAGAAAAAAUAAGAAAUCAUUAUAAAGCAGUUAUGUGAAAUUUUUGGUGGUAUAUUUGGAAAAAAUAUAUAUAUAUUCUCUAUGUAGACUUUCACCAAAGCUAUUAAAGUGUAACCUGAUGGUAGCUUUAGGUAUAAAAUACUGUGUGGAAAACUGAGCUGGCUGAAGCGUUGUGUCUGCCAGCAUCCUGCAGGGCCAUGUGUGAGCGUGUUUACACACACACACACACACACACGUGUAGCGGCCCGUUGUAGUAUAUGGUUAAUAUCAAUAAUGUAGUGUUCAUUCAUUUUCACACAAUAUGGAUACAUGUUUUGACGAAUGCCUUGGAAAAGAAUAAAUACAUUGAAUUCUUUUUUUCUUA